CAAUCUUCUGAAGUCUAGCACUCAUGGCAAGGCGCUGCCGUGGUCUUCAGCAGGAGCUGGGAGACCUCAGCCAGUUCCAGCUGGCCACUCCCUCGGGGCCGUCUCCCAGCUUUCCCGUGAUCCUCACUUAGCUGGCAAUCACAGAGCUCUGUGACAGCCUUCCUUACCCUGUGCUGCUCCCAGGCCAGCAGGAGACUGUGUUCCAGCACGCACAAGGUAUGGUGCCUCUUCCUGGGUUUGAUUUUCUGCUGAUGGAGCUGCUGGGUUUGAAUACCAUGCCCUGUGUGCGUUUCCACACGUAUGGGUGGGCCGCACAGACGCCAGACAGGAGCACCCCUCAGUCUGUUGCGAGUUGUCUUUGUGAGUCUUCAUUAAAGCCUGGCAGAUGAAGACAACCACUUCUCAUGGCCUGGCCUGGUGACAGGGGUGUCCAGUAGCUAUCAGAACAGUUGUAUGAGGCUCUACACACCCUGCAGAGCGGUAGUGUCCCAUCCCCUGGACACCAGAAGACUAUGUUUGCCCGUGUUGAUGCCAUCGUUGUGAGAGAAAGCCUGGGGAGAAGUCCUGAGCUCCCAGGUGACGGCAGAUGUCAUCCCGGGAAAGGAGACGGGAUGGGGAUCGAGGUGUUGUACUCAAGGACCCUGACUGCCAGUUUCUCUCCCCACAUAUAUUUAAUACUCCCCCUGACAUUUGGGAUUCUGCAGAGAAAAGUGGACAGCCGCCCAUUUCAGUUGCGCAGACAGGCUCCUAGCAGGGUAGCAAGGAGAGAACAGGUUCUUGAAAUGAUGGCGGCAACCACACAGGUCCCCUGUUGUCCGUAGAGAGAAGAAGCAUGUCUUCAGAUGAGUGGUCAGCAGCUGAGGAUGAAGGCCAACUGUCCCGUCUCCUCAGGAAAUCAAGAGACUCCCCCUUCGUCCCUGUGGGGGUGGCCGGCUCUGUGGCUGUGCUCUCCUACGGUCUUUACAAGUUAAAGUCCAGAAGAGAGGAGAAGAUGUCCCUUCGUCUCAUCCACGUGCGGAUUGCCGCCCAAGGGUGCGCUGUGGGAGCUGUGACCCUAGGUGUUCUCUAUUCUAUGUAUAAGGAUUACAUCAGACCUCGGUUCUUCAAUGUAUCCAAAAAAUAAAGCCAGAAGCUGGAAGCAAGGAAGAAAGAUCCUUCUGCGUGCUGAUCAUUAGAACAAAGGGAUCUCACUGUGUUCUAAUCACACUGUAGGAUGCCUCACAGAAUUCUCAUAAAGUCUGUGCUCAUG